ACAAACAAACACUCUCAUCAAUCUCUCGAUCUACUGUGUCCAGCGAAAACGUACCAGCUAUGCCUAUGGCCUCACGAGAUGCAAAGAGAGAUGAAAUAGUUGGUCAUCUCAAGGAUGAAAAAGUGAAAAGAAUUUUUCUCACAGGGGAUGCUGGAGUAGGGAAAACAUGGAUUGCAAAUAAGAUAAGUGAAUUAUGUGUUGGCAGCGAGGGGCUAUCUUACAUGACCCUUUGGGUGCAUUUGAAUCAGCGAGGAGAUUAUAGCAACACUGAUCUUCUUCGCAGGUAUCUUUAUGAGAUUAUUGACCGUGAGUUGACGUCCCUAAUUCUCACUGCUGAUCAGAAGUCGUCGGAUGAUAUUGUUAGUACGGAGGAGGAGCCAAAGGAGGAAAGCCUGGAUAGCUUGAAAGACAAGAUAUCCACUAAGCUUGCUGCAAAGAUAGCUGCAGUGCCUGGUGAAAAGAAGUUUCUUCUCGUAAUUCUGGAUGGUGUUCCUGACACUAUGGAUGAAGCUAUAAUCAUGAAAGAAAUAGAAGCCCUUCGUAAACAGAAUGUGGACAUGGGAACUUUGUUCAAGAAGGUUUUAGUCACCCGAAGAUCAAAAGAGCUGAUGAGCAAGGAAGUAGGCGAGACCAAGGAGAUGAUCGUGAAAAAGGCCAACGACACCAAACCCCCGUCUGAUGAACAGGAUCAAAAGCAGCCUAACCAGAGUACUGAUAGUGCCAGAGAAAGCAAUCGCUUGUCUGAUGAAGAGCGUAAAGUGAUCGAGAUCAAACCCUUGUCUGAUGAAGAGGGUUUGGCGCUUUUCCGAGACAAAGUCACUGAAAAGGUGGUUAAGCAGAUUACGGAUUUUGAAAAACAUGCCAAAGAUAUUAUCAGAAAGAGCAAGGGUCUCCCAGCUGCGAUCAUUGUGAUAGCAGAAGCAUUGAAAUGCAUUGCGGAGUGCGAUUCCAGGAGUCCGACAUUGGAAGAUGCUCUGAAAAAAGCAGCCACCCGCCUGGAGAAGCCCGACGGCUCUUGGCAUAGCCCGCGCUUCUUUCAGAAACCUGGCAGAGUUCAUUACAACGAGCUCAUAGCUUGCUGGAUAUUGGAAGGAAAUAUUGUAGGUGCCGUUGACGGUGUGGUCCGUGUGGAGGAGGCAUAUAACGUCGGACAUAGUGUUCUGAUGAAGCUCGUAGAUCGCCAGAUGCUGAAAAUGCAUGAUGAUAACACAAUUUCCAUGGAAGAGUUGGCAUUUACAGUUCCUGAUUGUCUUGGGGAUGGAAACGAAGGGGGGGCGGCAGCGCCACCAUCGACUGAUCUGCGAUGGGAUAAUAAUGUGUUCGAGAAAGACGGUUGGUACAAAGGGGCGACAUCGAGUCUGCGAUGGGCUGAUGUGUUUGAGCAAUUAGGCGAUUGGCGAGGUGGGCGGGAUGGAUCGAGUCUGGGAUUGGCUAGCGUGCUUGAGGAUGGCGAUUGGCAGGGGUUCAGGAGAAUCACACAGAUGGGUGGCAUGAUAAAAACAACGACCAGUAGCCCUGAGAGAUGGGACAAAGUAUACACGCUACUCAUUGAUGGAAGACGUCUCUACAGAGAAGUUGUGGAUAAAUUCUUUGAGCCAAUGAAGCGACUCCAGGUUCUUGCCAUUUUUAAUCCUACAUUCAAAUCACUUCCCAAAAGCAUGUCUGAAAUGGGCGAGCUUCGUCUGCUCGUGCUCAGAGGAUGUGAUCCGUUGGAGAACAUUGAUCCCAUCAAAGACCUCGAGUCAUUAACGGUUCUGGAGAUAUCUGGUGCUGCCUCCUUGAAGGAUAUUCCGGGUGAUCUUUUCCAGAAAUUGAGUCAACUUCGAAGCCUCAAAAUCUGUGCACCCCAGAUAAAAGAGCUGCCUCCUAUCUCCCACAUGACUGAACUCCGUUGGCUCAUCCUAAGCGACUGCUCAAGCUUGCAAAGUCUGCCAAAAAUAAGGAAACUUACAAAGCUCCAGAUUGUUGAUCUCUCUGGCGCUUCCGAAUUGGCAAAAUUGGAAGGCAGAGCCUGGAAAUCACUUGAGAAUCUCCGAAGGCUUGACGUCUCCCGAACCAAGAUUUCCCGCUUGCCAAUCCUCGGCACACUUACAAAUCUUACUACACUCGCAUUAAGCCGCUGUGAUCACUUAGCGAGACUGCCCAAACUAGUUGGCUUGUCCAACCUCCAAAUUCUGGAUCUUUCGGGUGCUUUGAUGCUAAAGGAAAUCCCAGACGAAUCCUUGCAAAAUAAGGCAAGCCUCAAGAUCCUAGAUCUCUCUCAAACUGCCAUCCCUCUUUUUCCUUCCAAUUUAGCCAGCCUCUCUCAUCUUGAGUUGCUUGAUCUUUCUGGUGCCACUAAGUUGGUGAAACUGGAAAACAAAACCUUCGAAAAGCUGAGUUGCCUCCGUCAUCUUGACCUCUCCAAAACCAAUAUUGAAAAUCUGCCUUCACUUUCCAAGCUUGAUAACCUCGAAGUUCUUAAUCUUUCUGGUUGUAGUGCUUUGACAAAAAUAGGAGAUCAAUCUUUUGAUCACAUGACUCGCCUUCAGCGCCUCCAACUCUCUGAAACUAACAUUGAAUCCCUGCCGUCGCUUUCCAAACAUGUCAACCUCCGUCAGCUCUUGCUAAGAAGCUGUACCCACCUAAAACAACUUCCAUCUCUGGAAUCUCUGUCGAAACUCGAGGAGCUCGAUUUAUCUGGUGCACACCUUCUGAAAGGAAAUACUGCUGACUUCUUGAAGAAUAUGAACAGCCUUCAGCUUCUCAACCUAUCAGGGACGGGUCUCAAGUUACCUCAUCCCCUCUCCAAUCUCACCAACCUCACCCAGCUUUCCCUUGGAGGUUGUGAACUCUCAGAAUCGAAGCCAAAUUUUGAUGGACAUACAAAGCUGGAAGUUCUGGAUCUUUCGAAGACACAGAUUACUUCUAUACCAUCCCUUGGAAAUCUUACCAGUCUCCGGGAGCUUAAGUUAAGAGGGUGUUCGGGCGUAACGGAGCUGCCACGUCUAAAAUCGCUGAUCCAUUUGGAGGUUCUUGAUCUGUGGGGGAUCGGAAUCAAAGAAUUUCCCUAUGAGAUCUCAGAAUUGACUCGUUUAAAGCACGUUGAUCUGCCAGACAUGACGGGUGUUGAAAAGGUUGAGUGGGGUAGGAUGAGUCGCCUGCCGGAGGAGAUAAACUGGGUUGAGUGCGGCAUCCUCAAGCACUGUAAAAAAGGGCCUUGCAUAUCUAUGAGUGCUACCGAACUUUCUGGAAUUCUCAAGGACCAAGCGAAUCUCGACAAAUUUCACAUCUCUGUGUCCGCCCCUCUUAAGGAGGAAGGUGGUGCUAGAGAUAUCGAUUGGCACAGAAUUGACCCUUCCUUGAGAAAUAUCUACCUGCAGAAGUUUUCUGUUCCUGAGGAUCAUGGAGGGUUUCUGGAAAUUGUUGGAUUCGAUAGAUUUCCUGAUGGUAUCGAGGGUGGCAUCGUAAAAGCAGAGUACAUUGCUUUGAUUCGCAACAAGUUCAUGAAAUCCUUGUCAGACUUGGCUGCGAAGGCAAUUAACGAGGGCGCGAGCGUGACGGCAAUGAAAGGCUGCACGCUGGAGAAGUGCACCGAAAUGGAGACCAUUUUUGGCGGAGAAGAGAGAGAAGUGAAAAUGAGGGGAAAUCUAGAGACUCUGAGGGCGUCAAACCUUCCAAAGUUGAAGAGUGUCGUCUCCACUGGGAAGGAGAAAGUUGGAGGGUUUGAAAAACUUAAAGAGUUAUAUCUGGAUUGUUGCCCAUUGCUUCGAUUUGUUUUUCAUUCAAUAUCCCAGGUGCCAGAAAAUCUAGAAAUCCUAGAAAUCAAAUGGUGUGAUAAAUUGGAGAGUCUGUUUAGUCCUGAAGCACCGGCAGAAGGUAAACUGCAGACAUUGAAGAAACUGCAUCUGUUGGAACUGCCAGAGUUAAGUAGCAUUGGAGUGCCUAGGUCGACUACAUUUCCAUCUUUGGAAUUAGUCAAAUUCAGGAAAUGCCCCAAGUUGAUGAACAACUUAAAGGAACUUCAAGAAUGCGGAGGAGGAUUCAAAAUUGAAGAGUAUAAUUGA